GCUUACGCACCACCACUCGCACUCGCACACCCUCGCUCUCACUCUCUGUUCUCUUUGAUUCCCCUCUCUCCUUCCCUGCACUUUACCUGAUACCCACUCCCAUUACCCCUCUCCCCAUACCUCUCCCCACCCCACACUCUAAUUCCUCCCCACCCCUCCUUUACUCUCCUCUUUGCCACUUCCCCCUUCCCUUGUUCACCCCCCUCCCUUUAGUUAUCUAAGAUAGCCCUAGCACAUUCUAGUUUGACUACCACUGUUUUUGGUAGAGCCAGUAAGAGUAGAAGGUAAGUUAGAUCUUGGUUGUUGUUUUCUGGUAGUGAUAGUCCUAGUUUAGAGUUCCUAGUUAGUCUACAGUGAGUGUAGCUAGGUCUAUGGCCCGGCCUAAGACCUCUCCAUUGGGAGAGGGAAUGGCCGAGGACGACUUCUGUGUCCUGAGCACCAUUGGGGCCGGCAGCUUCUCUGUCGUCGUGCUGGCCCGCCAUCGUCACAGCGGCAAAAAAGUUGUGAUCAAGAGGAUGAAGAUGCUGGGGCAGACAGGCCUGGAGAUGGCGCGUGACGAGUGCAGCAUCAUGCGAGGUCUGAGCCACCCCAACAUCUUGCCCCUGCUGGGCACCAUAGAGACGGCAUUCCAGCUGCAGCUGGUCAUGCCCUACGUGAGGGGGGGAGACCUGCGGGACUAUCUCUGCCGCAAGGGCCCCAUGAGGGAGGAGGAGGCCAGAAGGGUGUUCCGCCAGUUGGCCUCGGCUAUGGAAUAUUGCCACGCCAAAGGAAUCGCUCACAGGGACCUCAAACCUGAGAAUAUUCUCCUGCAAAGCCUGGACCGGGUCAAGAUCACGGACUUUGGUCUGAGUGGCCAUUUUCUCCAGCAGUCCAUGGACAGCCUUCAGGGCACCUUAGGCUACAUGGCACCCGAGAUAGUGACGGGGGGCACCUACGGCCCUGGGGUGGACAUCUGGAGCCUGGGGGUGGUGUUGUAUGAAAUGGUGAAAGAUGAGAAUUGGGUGGCCAGAGAUCCUGAGCCACCCAUGGGUGACCCAGGGCAUGGGACCCAUGGAAGCCUACAGGGAACCCACCUCCUCCGAUGA